AUGCGUCGAGGUCUUGCCCCAAAUCUGAGAGAAAAGCGAGGCCCGACCUCUGGUCUUCCCCAUCCAAUGGGUUACUGCGCCCAAUCCGACUGCUGGAAGAAGCGGGCGCGGCGGAGAUCUGCCGAUCCGACGGGAUCCUGUACCGACGACACUUCUCUCGCCGACGGAUUAUACCAAGCACAAGGAGGGAUCGAAUGGAGGGACUGGGCCAACCUGGAGCCCGGCAUCGUCCAGGACGUCGCCGGCCAGCUGCUCGUCGUCGACGUGGCCGAGUUUCUCCGCCUCCGCGCGGAGUGCAAGCCCUGGCGCGCGUGCACCGACAACCCGCGCGUGCAUAGCGGCCUCGACAGCCGCUUCCGCCCUCGCGACUGGAUCGCGACGCUCCACUGCGCCCCGCCGUCGCGCUGCACCCUCGUCAACGUGGUCACCGGCGCCCGCGUGGACGCCGACUUACCGGAGCUCUGCACCCACCACCACUUGGGUUCGGCGGAGGGCCUCCUCGUCCUGUCGGACAAGGCCACCGCCGCCAUCCGCCUCCUGAACCCGCUCACCGAGUACGCCGCCAUCAGCGACGUGCAGGCCUUGGUUGCCCCGUUCGAGGAAAGGGUUACCUGGCCCUUACAGCUAGGUUCCCGAAAGGUCCAGGUCCCCCAUCAAGGGCGCCGGCAUCGAGGAUUCCACCUCCCCGCCCACCCUCGUGCUCUGCCUGAGGAAGCCGCUGUCCCGCGUCGUCUGCGCCAAGCCGGGCGACCCGCACUGGGUGUCCGUGCACCGCGGCGAGCAGUUCGUUUCUCGCGUGAGCUGCCUCGGCCAGAUCGUGUUCAGGUCCCUGCUGUCCUUCAGGGGGGCGCUGCUACUUGA